CGACUGGUGCUGCCUGGCGGCGGGCGCGGGGCAGGCCGGGACCUGUGUGUGGCGGGAGGCAGCCGCGGGCCGCGCACCGGGAGCGGGAGGCGGCAGUAUGGUGAAGCUGACGGCGGAGCUGAUCGAGCAGGCGGCGCAGUACACCAACGCCGUGCGGGACCGCGAGCUUGACCUUCGGGGGUAUAAGAUUCCUGUCAUUGAAAAUUUAGGUGCGACCUUAGACCAGUUUGAUGCUAUUGAUUUUUCUGACAAUGAAAUCAGGAAACUGGAUGGUUUUCCCUUGUUGAGAAGACUGAAAACAUUGUUAGUGAACAACAAUAGAAUAUGCCGCAUAGGUGAGGGCCUUGAUCAGGCUCUGCCGUGUCUCACAGAACUCAUUCUCACCAACAACAGUCUUGUGGAGCUGGGUGAUCUGGACCCUUUGGCAUCUCUCAAAUCACUGACUUAUCUAAGUAUUCUAAGAAAUCCUGUGACAAAUAAGAAGCAUUAUAGACUGUAUGUAAUUUACAAAGUUCCACAAGUCAGAGUACUGGAUUUCCAGAAGGUGAAACUAAAAGAGCGUCAGGAAGCAGAGAAAAUGUUCAAGGGCAAACGGGGUGCACAGCUUGCAAAGGAUAUUGCCAGGAGAAGCAAAACUUUCAAUCCAGGUGCUGGUUUGCCAACUGACAAAAAGAAAGGUGGGCCGUCUCCAGGGGAUGUAGAAGCAAUCAAGAAUGCCAUUGCGAACGCAUCGACUCUGGCUGAAGUGGAGCGGCUGAAGGGCUUGCUGCAGUCCGGUCAGAUACCUGGCAGAGAACGCAGAUCAGGCCCCACCGAUGAUGAUGAAGAGGAGAUGGAAGAAGAUCCAGUCACAAAUGGGUCCUGAGCUGUGUGGCCUGAGCUCCUAUAGGACGUAUCACAUGUCCACUUGGGACACAUCCUGCUUUCUGAACAUGGAAUGGUAGCCUUGUUUGUGUCAGCAAAAAGGAGUUCGUGAGCAUUGCUUAAUAGAAAUCUUGAACUCUAAAUGCCAGUUUUCUACAAAUAGUGAAAACAAAGGGCACUCACUGGUGCCAAGUUGCGUGUCAUUGGGUAUGGUGCACUGAGGUAUUUGAACAGGUCUGAGAUGGAAACGUGGGGGUGGGCAUCAUUUCUAGGCAGCUUGCUCAGUCCUCUUUCAAAUGUUUAGAUUUUUAAAUUCUUAAUAAAACUCAAGAU